AGAAUGAUUUUUAAAAGGAAUUGAUCAGAUUAAUUGAUGCAAUUAAUUUAAUCAUACAAGAAAUCCAAUCCACGCUGACGUCACGAAAAGUUGUACGUAAAAUCUGAUAAACUUGUGAAUAACUGGAAACAAUGGAAGCUGUGGAUAUCUGGAUCCUGCGUGGUAGUAAUAUGAUCUGGAAAACGAGAGGCCGAGUAUCAAUGACACGCGAAUCCACCGCGAUCAGAACGGUUAACGAAUAUGACGAUAACGAUAUAUCGUUAUCAACGAUACAUAUAUAUAGCUAGCACCCUUUGAAAACCGUGCCCUGGUCACGUGUCCGAUCUGUCGCGCCCCCAGCGUUGUUACUGCGGAUCAGAUAAUUUUCGUACAAGCACAGAUACCCGUUGGGCGGGCUGGAACGCACGCGUUAUGACCUUGCAUAAAGAUCGCAAGAUAAUAUUGAUAUAUUAAUCAAAUCUAGAUGUCCUGGGAAUGUUAUUAACUGGUCGAAGGACUGGUGCCAUUUAUUUUUGGCCAUACCAUUAUUUUUGGCGAUAACGUAGGGGGAGGAGAGGAAAGAAUAAGGAUAAGGUGGUUUCCAACAGAGAGACAUUUCGUUGGAAUUAUUGGAUUAUUUUAAAGUCCCAUUAUGGCACAAUUGAAAGCUCCAAUCGUUCCCAUCAUCUUGAAUCUAUGCCAAAGUCCCGUGACCAAACUUGCGAUACACGCCAAACUUUUAUGUUUCGUAUGCAACAAUUUUCUUUCACUGUUAAUCCCUCCAGGAAGUUAAGAAGAUUCCAAUUGAUAUUUAAUUAGAAUUCAAUUAUAGUGAAAUUGAAAUCACUAUAAAGCAUUCAACAUCCAGUGUGUUCUUUGGUCUUUUUUUUUUUCCACAUUCAUCACAUUAUUAACUACGGAUCGUGAUUAUGAAAGUCCGGUUUCAAGCAUUUCUUACCAUUCCUGUUUUGCGUUUGAAAACCUUCAUCGUUUUCAUAUUAUAUUGCAUAUUAAACUUAUCAAGGCAGAAUACACAUGGUCAAUAACACGGCCCCGUACCAUAAUAUUAAAAUUAAUUAUUUUCCUCUGGAAUAUUGUUAACUUUUUUGCACAAUCAUACCUUAAUACCGUGUAAUAUCGUCUCGAAGAUCAAUCUUCAAUCAUUGCUAAUCGUGCUUCCCUUGUUUUUUAGGUUUCACAACGGACUUAACGAAAUUUUCAAAUAAUUAUUGAUCCAAACGACGAACUCUCGUGGAAUAGAAGCAGGAAUAAAAGCAAAAAGGAAGAAAAAGAAAGAGAAGAAGAAAAACGCAACAGCUUCAAAGACAUUUCUGGAAAUUCUCUCUCCACCCAUCCUCCUACUAAGAGAUCUUUCACCCCGACGAGUGCGUUAAAUCCGACGAAACCAAAAAGAAGGGGGCAGGGGAAGGAUACACGCGAAAACGAUGGAAAAAGUGAAAUCGAGCCCCAAGAUAAUAACACGUAGGAAUUAUAUUGGAGAGACAAAGACGAAGGAAAACCUGGGUCGGACAAGAACCGACAGACAGAGAGAGAGAGAGGAGAGAGAGGAGAGGGAGUGACAGGCAGGAAGGGAGAGGAAAGAUCCACCCUGGUGGAUGAUCCCGCCUCUAAGGAGCCGCUCCAUGCCCGGCACGAGGGGGUUAGCAACCAACCCUCCUACCUCCUCCACCGCCAUCUCCACCCUCUCUCUCUCGGCGUCCCGGCGCAGGCUCCGAUACACAGCCAAUCGUCGGACCGCGACUGAUAACGACGCUGCCAAAUGUGCGUCCGUCGCAUCGCGGCCGAGUUCGCCACGGUGGUCCACGCGUUCCUCGCAGCCUCGUAUUACGUACUCCGGGGCUGUGAUCCGCUCGUGCAGCCGGCGAUCGGCCAUCGAGGCGCCGGUUCCACCUGUCCUGGGGGAUCUGGCGAGACCCUUCGUUUCCUUCCGUCUGUCAUUUCUGGAUUUUAAUUCUUGGUGUUUCUUCUUGGUUUUUUAUUCACGAGUUUUGGCAAGGACGAGGUUUGAGAAUAUAUGUAUGUUAUGUCGGUUGAAUCGUAUCGCGUGGUUUAAAUAAAUUCGUUGGAAGUGAGAAGGUGAAGGUUCGGGCUGAUAAGUUAAAGGGACGUGGGUGCGAAUCUGGAUCUGAUAAGUGCUCGGAUAAGAUUAUACGCAGGACCCCGCAUUGACGGGGCUCUUUGGUGAUGUACGACAGCGCUAGCUGUUCGUACGCAGGUGCGCUCGAAUUAAAAGGAGCCUCCGGAGCCGGAGCCGCGGCCGCGGCAGCAGGAGUAACCGCGGCCGGCGUCAAACAGGAGAAUUGGCCGUAUCGCGGCCUCACCUGCGGUAGCACAUUCCAGAGGCUCAAAGAGAGCGUCGACAAGGCGAAACAAGCGCUCGCCGACCGCGGUGGAUACCUUUCUGGUGCUUUCUCGCCGCCGCCACGUGCCAAUCCAUCCGCCAUUUCGCCGACCGCCUCCAUCACCGAUGCCAGCAGCUCGUACAAAGGAGGCUGGAGCCACGCCACGUCGCCGGCUCCUGGACAGGGGUACGGAAGCAGCUUGUCGAAAUCGGCAUUGGACACGCACACCCACCUCAGGCAGCCUGAUCCCUAUCAAAUGUUCGGAGCGACGAGCAGUCGGCUCGCGAGCUCCGGUUCCGGCCAGAUUCAGCUGUGGCAAUUUUUACUCGAGCUACUGUCGGAUUCGAGCAACGCCGCGUGCAUUACGUGGGAAGGAACCAACGGGGAAUUCAAGUUGACUGACCCCGACGAGGUGGCGAGACGUUGGGGCGAAAGGAAGUCCAAGCCUAAUAUGAAUUAUGACAAAUUGUCGAGGGCUUUAAGGUAUUACUACGACAAGAACAUCAUGACGAAGGUCCACGGGAAGAGGUACGCGUACAAGUUCGACUUCCAAGGUCUGGCGGCAGCGACGCAGCCCGCCGCCGCGGAUCCGGCCGCCUACAAGUACCAAAGCGAGCUGUUCAUGUCCGGUUACGGGCACGCCAAGUUAAACCUCAUGCCGCCACCGGCCGCCUCCGUCUCGGUCUCCGUUCCAGGUGGCCUUUUCCAAUCUGCCUCCAGCUACUGGUCCACGAGCCCGGGCGCGAACCUGUACGCGGGCCACCACACGGCCUCCGGCCAUGUGCCGCCUCAUCUGGGCACCUAUCCGCAUUACGCAUGACCCACCGCCGAGCACUGGAGCGCCCUGGGUACGCCACGUUAACAACUUUCUACUCGAGGGAAUUUAACCGACCGCCGCCAUCGCGGUCUACGUGCGCCGCCGUCGGCCGGUGUCGACCACACCUACGCGUUUUUCCACAGUCCCUUCCUAGUCUCUUCGUCCUUCUCCGUUUUAACAAUCGUUUUAUCUGUCCUUUGUGCGAGUUUUUUUUUCUCAAUUAUUUUUUCUUUCUUCUUUUUUUUUUAGGGGGGAGGGGAGAGGAUUCGUAGGAAUCGUUUCGUUAAAUGAUUGAAGACAAGUUUUUUUUUAAUAAUGUUAAAUUAUGUAAAGUAAGAAAAAGUGAAUAUUGGACUGGAUUCGAUAUUUCCGAAAAAAAUUGAAUCGACGAGACAACAAUGGAUGUAGAAGAAGAAGUGAAUUCGUUGUUGUAGGAUGAGCGGAUAGUACCGGUGAGGGAUGGAAUUAAUAUGGAUAUCUUUUCCUUGUUUUCUCUUUCCAUUCAAAAGCAAGAUAAGUCGUAUUGGAAACAAAACUCGUUCUAGAAACCGAGAUAAAUAGGAUUUUUUCAAAAAAAAAAAAAAAAAAAACUUUUUAACUCGAUAGUAUUUAGUAAUAAUAGCUAUUUAAGAUUACACAAUUUACAUAUCCAAGUUUUUAAAUAUUAACCUUCUCCUCUCUUUUUCUUCUUUUUUUUUUUUCAAUCUCACUGUAUCGUAAUCUGUACUACUGCAUCAUCCAUUAUCGAAAGAAAAAUCGAAACGAAAAUCCCUGAACGAAAACUCACCUUUUGUCGAUUUUUAUUUAUUUAUUUAUUUAUUAUUAUUUUUCUUUUUUCAGAACAAAAUAAAAUCUUUUAAUCUUCGUUAACGAAUUAUAUCCAUUGUAUCAUAUAAUUAUUGUAAAUAAGUUAUAUCUAAUAUAUAUAUAUAUAUAUAUUUGUAAAAGUGUCGCGAUCAAAUCAUAAAAGUUAUACAGAAAACAGAAUAAUAAAGAUCCUUUCCGUUUACAAGGAUAUUAUAAUAAGUAGGGCGAUGUUUGUAAAUCGUGAAAUGUGUAUCCUAUACCUUUUUAACAUUGAGGUGUUCGUGGACAGAUUAAACGAUCCAAAAGUAAACAGCAAUACUUGAGACUCUCGUUCUCUUUUUUUGUGGGGAGGGGAUGGGAGAGGAGGGAUGGGGAGGGGGGAGGAGGGAGCGAAUAGCGACCAACGACGAGUACGAUAUCGACGACCACGCAUCGCGCCAUUCCGCUCCGAACAUUUUUCCGUUUCACGGUCGACGGUGCGCUCGCAAUUUAUUGUAAGAACAUUGUACAUACAAUAUAAUGGAUUACAAGUAAGUACAGGGUACGUUCGCAAGACGUAUUUAUUCUCGUUAUUCUCGUUUUAUCUCGACAGAUAAUUAUCACCUCGUCGGUAAUUAUACACAAUAAAUAAUUUUUUCUAGAAAAAUACAAUUUCUCACGUUGAUUAAUAA